AUGCAGUUAAUUCCUGGAACAUUGCAGUUGAGAAACUUGAUUAAGGUUUCUCUUUUUAUCCUUCCCUCUCUUUGUUUCACUCACUCACCAACUACUCUCUCCUUAUCUUUGUUGAUUUUUCUCGACCACCUGCUCUCUUGUUUUGCAUAUUGCUCUCACUUGUUCACCCACUCUCUUCUCUUUGCCGCUCUCACUCACCCACCCACUUAUUUUCCUUUGCUUUCUCUUUUGCUGAUUUUUUUAAUUUCUUUUUCUUUCUCCUCACUAAAGUCUUUUCCUUUUUUUGUUUUUUUUCUUCAUUUGUCUUUUGCACAUUUUUUAUUCUUCUCACUUUACAAAUCUUCAUCUUCCACUCCUACUUUUAAUCCUUAUCAUCUCUCUUUAUAUUGCUUCCUCUCUUUUUACUCGCUUUCUUUCUAUUACCUUUUCUGUUUAUUUUCUUUUUUUUUAAAUUCUCACUAUCAUUUCUCAUACUUUCCUCUUUUCUUUUCUAUCCACCCUUUCACUUUGUUUGCUUUUUUCUUUCUUUUUAUACUAUUUCUUUUACCCUUUCACUUUCAUUUCUUCUUGCUUUUUUUUUUACCAUUCUUCCUUUCUCCCCACCUCUCUCUCAGACUCUCUGUAGCUCUCCACCUCUCUCUCAGACUCUCUGUAGCUCCCCACCUCUCGCUCACACUCUCUGUAGCUCCCCACCUCUCGCUCACACUCUCUGUAGCUCCCCACCUCUCGCUCACACUCUCUGUAGCUCCCCACCUCUCGGUCACACUCUCUGUAGCUCCCCACCUCUCGGUCACACUCUCUGUAGCUGCCCACCUCUCUCUCUGUAUCUUCCCACCUCUCUCUCUGACUCUCUGUAGCUCUCCACCUCUCGGUCACACUCUCUGUAGCUCUCCACCUCUCGGUCACACUCUCUGUAGCUCCCCACCUCUCAGUCACACUCUCUGUAGCUCCCCACCUCUCUCUCUCUCUGUAGCUUCCUACCUCUCGCUCACACUCUCUGUAAAUCCCCUAUCUCUCUGGUCCUGCACUUGA